AUGCCUCCACGAAAGAAAACCAAACGUGCACACUCACCAACCCCCCAGGAUGAUACCGCGCAAUCAAGCGCUGACACGCCGUCAAGCGACACCGCCAGCAAGCCAGACACAGAUUACGACUUGAUCUCAGAUCCAUGGACAGACGAGCAGGAGACUGCGCUACUCAAGGCGAUCAUUAAAUGGAAACCAGUUGGCCUACACAAGCACUUCCGAAUGCUCGCAAUCUCAGACUAUUUGAAGAGCCAAGGCUAUGCACCAUCAACUGCGGAACACAUGCGUAUUCCGGGGAUCUGGAAGAAGCUGGGGUCUUUGUACAAUCUGGAAGCUCUUGACGAACGGGAGGAUUCGGUUAUCACAGACGCGAAUGACGAGGAGGACGGGUCGAGCGAAAUGUACUGUCCAUUUGAACUUCCAUACGAUGAGUACGGCGAUAUGAUGUUCGAAAGACGACUUGCUAUGGAGGAUUCCCUAUCGCCUGUCGCCAGUCGCACUAGUCGCGCAGGUGAAUCACGGCGAGGAAGCACUGUGGCAGAUACGGAUGAGCCACGAUCUUCUCCUGCCCCAUCCCGAGGUCGCAAUUCCAAUCGAAGCGCCCGUCCUUCUACAAGAGGCACGCGAUCUACCCGUCUACAGGUUGAGAUUGGCCCGGGAAGCCAAGGAAAGACAUCCGACGAGGGUGAUUCGGCUGACGACACUGGGGCAAAUGACGAGGACGAAGAAGAGGGUGACGAUGGCUCCGAGGGCAAUAGUGAGGAAGAGGAUGGAGCAGAGGGAGAAGAUAAAGGUGGCUCGCGAAGUACUCGAGCACAAACAUCACGUUCCAAGGCGAAGGAUAAGAAGCCAUCAACUACUGCGACACGCAGCUCUGGUCGACGGCGUUGA